AUGCUUACCUAUACUUACCAAUUUCAGAAACCCAUCGCCAAGCAGGGGUUCUUGGCCCCGUCCUCCACCGCCGUCGGCGCGGUAGGGCGGCUGGGACGCACCGAAUGGAUGCGACCCCACACGGCGCUGUGUAAUGCGACUGCAUCGUCGUACAAGCCCUACCUUGCCGCCUGGACAAGGCGAGUAUACGCUCACUUGUUUCCUCCAAGGAAAAGGACUUCAAUCUCGCCAAUCAUCAUGUUCAGCCUCAAGUCUGCCGUCACGGCCGCCCUGCUCGCCGCGGGAUCUAUGGUCAGCGCUGACUCGUUCCCCUUUGAGCGCCUCAACAAGAAUGAGUCCGUCUUGGUCAUCCUUGACAUCCAAGUCGGUCUGUACCAGCUGGCACGCGACUUUGACCCUACUCUGUACCAGCAGAACAUCCUGGCCCACGCUGCUCUGGGCAAGGUCUUUGACAUCCCGACCAUCAUUACUACGUCUGCCGAGACCGGCCCCAACGGCCCUACCUCCAAGGACAUCCUGGACAUGUACCCCAACACGACCGUGAUCAAGCGCAACGGCGAGGUCGACGCCUGGGACAAUGCCGAGUUCCGCAAGGCGAUCGAGGCCACUGGCAAGAAGCAGAUCAUCAUCGCCGGCAUCGUGACCGACGUCUGCACCACCUUUGCCGCCCUGUCCCUGCGCGACGCCGGCUACAGCGUCUGGGCCAACAUCGAGGCCUCGGGAACCACCACAACCCUGAUCCGCGACAUCUCCAACAGCCGCAUGGAGCGCGCCGGCGUCCACAUGGUCUCGCUCUUCAGCAUCGUCUGCGAUCUCAUGCGCGACUGGCGCGAGACCCCCGGCGCCGUCCAGCUCCUCCCCUGGCUCGACAGGUACAUGCCCGCCUACGGCUACUUGGCGCGUGGCCACGUCGCCGCUGUCAGGAACGGUACCAUCAUCCCGGGCUCGGAGAACCUGCAGUAA